AAAUCAUUUGACGGUAGGACACGAUUAUUACGAGACUAACUUUUGGCAUCGAUUGUGUGCAGUGUGAAGUCGUUCUUCAUUUGAGUUUUAAUAAGUUUUACUAUGAUUUACUACAUCAGUAUUUUUAUAUUACUCUUUAGCCCUGUCAUGCCGAAACCGCGAUAUGUGGAACUAGAUGAAGACGAGCAACAAUUAUUUCGGGCUGCAUAUGAAACUCCCUCUUACGACAACGAUGAAAAUGAAGACGACAAUGACAUGCAACUCGGCAAAUUAGAUCUCCUUAAAGAUGGCUUGUGGGCUAUAAAAGCUAAGAUAAAUGAACUAAAGAUGUUUAACAAAGCUUUGGCAGCGAAUUUAUUAUCAACAAAACUGAAGGUCAAAGAACUUAUAGCCCACCAAAUCACAAUGCAAAAACAUCAACAUGAAACGCCUGAAAAGAAAAGACCUAUCCAUAAUUAUCAGCCUCAACCUUAUCCAAUGUAUGAGCCACAAAUACCGCAAUAUGGUGCACCUCAACAUGGUCACGAUCCUUACUACGGGUAUUGAGGAACCACGAAUGUGAAAAAUUAUACGCUGGACGUUCUUUAGCUUUUUCAUAUAAUAAGAUAUAUUAAACUAUGCAUACAAAUAAAAAUUAAAAGUACCUUCAUUCUGGUAACAGAAUUAUUUUAUAAUAUUAUUAAAUUCAAAUUACGAUUGCUUUAAUAAAUUAUCAUCACCAAUUAUCAAGAGAACAUGACUUUUAUU